AUGGCAGAAGAGGGCAUUCCUAGCCCUACUUCGGUUAGUUCACCCGGCCUUUCGAAAUUUUUGAGAGCGAAGAGCUGGGUAUCAGCUGCCAUCAGCGAUGCAGGUCCUUCCUCGCCUGUAGGGGAUCCAACUACGCAGCAUGCAGAAGUUUCUUUUAAUCGCGUUCGAGUGGCUUCACUUCCUGUAGAGAGACGAAGUUCCGGGACGUCAUCGAGAGGCUCCAGAGGCUCCAGCAAGGCGAAGAUCGAGGAGUUUACGCUGCACAUGACCCUCGAGCGUCUACGAGCAUUCUAUGGUGUGCUUCGACUGGGGUUGUAUAUGCUUGCUUCCGGCGUGCUCUUGACCGUUCUGGCCGAACUUCUUUGGCGGUUUCUCCCACCUGGACGGCUUGCUGAAUGGAUGAUUUCAGCUCUUUCCGUUGUUUCCUGGCUUCUCAGCGCCUUGACCGUCGCAAUUGCAUCUACUUGCCCUAUGGAAGAGCUGGACAUUGCCAGCUUCAUCGACUCCAGACCGGGCCUGUGUUUCUUCAUGGCGCUUCCUCCAGCGUUGACAGCUUCCACGCGGGUUUCGGAGCUCCCGAUUCCCCGCAUCCUCUCGGUCAUCACAGUCCUGGGGCUGGUGUGCAGAGGAUUUUUCGGGCUCCUUCGACGUGGUCAGUCUCUUCCUCUACCUACCUCGGUCGUGCUGUUGGAGUUCUGGUGUUUGGACGUGAUGGUCUCAUCGAGCAUCAAUGGGAUGGCGAGGGCGGGCAUACCAGGAACAACGGAAAUCGUUCUCGGCAUGUUUGCGGCCUUUGGAAGCGCGUUGAUCGUGAUGCUCUGGGUGGUGCGGGCCGCAAGUACUAUCCGAUUCUACGUGGCUACUCACCUUGCCUGCGGUUACAGUGGCUUCUACUUUGCUUGCCGCGCCUACGACCUGGCGACUGGGGUGAAGCAGUGGGAUGAAGGCCGGCAAGUGGACAUCGCCAUUGCAGCGGCUGUCGGGAUGGCGACGGUCACACUGCUGCCGCAGAUUCUCGUUUUCCUUGUGGGUCGACGACGACUCUUCCACGUCCUGCGCAACAAGGUUGAGCAGAGCAGAAAUCGCCAGUUACAGAGUGGUGCCUUUAUGGCCAUGCUUCUGGAUUCGUACGUCGUCCAGAAGGGGCAGCCAUGGUGGCUGCGGCAUGAUACCCCGGAGCUACAGGCAGAUGCGGAGACGACGAACGUUAACAACAAGCCGCGGCAGUUCCCGCACGCCGUCGGAAUGGAUUCGAAGCUGUCAGUCUCGGCGGAGUCGCUGGCAACCCCGCCAUCGCUGAUGCCCGAGAUGGACAUGGAGUCAAGACCUGACUUCAUCAGGGCCAGGGUCGCGCAGGUCUCGCAAGACGGGAGCGUUUUCUGGGUCCAGCCCGAGUUCAGCACUCAGUCUGUCAGGGUGGACCGGAAGCAACAGGUGAUCCCGUGGCCACAGCUGCUGGAGGUCGGCCGGAAGAACCUGCGCUGCAUAGACUGGAAGAAGCAGUACGGCGAGCUCUGGACCGAGAACGCCGGGGCCGCCGGCUUCAAGCUUUCUCGGCCGGUGGGGCGGGGUGAGACCAUCGACUUCUUCGUCUCCCACUCCUGGAGCGACAGUGGCACUCGAAAAUUUCGAGCGCUCAGCUACGUCGCCGAGGAGUUUUACGUCCGGCACGGCCGGCACCCAACCUUCUGGGUGGAUAAGUUCUGCAUCGAUCAGACCAGCGUCGAGGACGGACUCCGAGUCCUGCCGGUGAAUGUCAUGGCUUGUAGCAAAGUCUUGGUUCUAUGCGGAAAUACAUACCCAUCGCGCCUUUGGUGUGCAUGGGAGCUUUGCGUCCUCCUGUCCUUCAUGUCUUUGCAGACCGCCCUCACACGGCUGGUGGUCUUCCCGUUCAGCCACAAUGCGUUGCAGAAGCUUGCUCGCUUCGACUUGAUGCAUGCGCGAUGCUACGAUCCUAACGAGGAGCUGCGACUUCGCCGGGUUAUUUCCGCGAUCGGGCAGCUCCAGUUCGAGAACAAAAUCCAAGCACUCGGGCAGCUGAUCUUGGACCGCGAGACGGGCCUGGCAUCCGGACUUCUGAUGCAGGGAGGAAGUGGCUCCUGGAGCGACACUGAUCCGGAGGUGGAAGAAGACCGAAACGCGGUGCCUGAGCUCGAUGUUGUGGACGAAGCUUCGAUGGAAGACUGCAGCAGCAGUUUGUGCCCGUCCCCAACAGAUGAUGCCUUUCUCCGGCAAUUGGAGCAGGGCGACUACCUGCGACAGGUGGAAGCACCUCUCGAGGAGGUGGCAGAGCUCUGCCGAAGAGCUGAGAGGGGCGACUCAAUCUCCUUCGAGAUCUUGGGUGCAGCCUCGGCCUCGCUGCGGCCCUCGAAGGAGGAUGCUGGGACAGGGAUCGCACCAGAAGAAGCCCGAGACACCAUACCAGCCCAGCGGUUCAGAGGAAACUUCAGAAGCAAAGAGUCUACGGAGCUGAGAAAAGUCAGACUUUACACCUACAACAAGAGGGUUCCAUGUUUGCGUUGUGCACUCCGCCAUCCCAUGCUGGAUACGGAGGACGAGGAUGACCGAGCAUAUUUUGAGUUCGAGGUUCAGGAGAGAUGGAUCACGAGCCUACCGGCCUUGGUCGGCCUUACGAUCCUGAGCCUCUUCAAUGUCUGGUUUGCCGUGGAGGCCUUUGGCCUCCGAAGAAUUCCGCUGAUGGACGCUGCCAUCGCGAACUUGUUGGUGGCUUUCAUCCACAACGGCUACGUCGUCGCUUGCCGAGUCAUCUUCGGAGCUGACAAAUUCUGGAAGCUCUCUUGCGUCCGGGUAGAAGUCACCCUCAGCUUCGUGAAGCUGGCAGGAGCUGUGUUGGUGCUUGUUUUCGUCCUCCUGGAGAAGAAGGACUUGUUCUCGUUACACAUGGUUUCUUUGUACUGGGUGCUCUUCGUGACUGCGCUGAUUCUUCCCAGGUCUGCUUUGAUCCUUCACUCCUGGCUCGCCUGUCAGAGACUGGCACGGCGGACUGUUUCGCAGAAGCGCAAGCGCUACUGUAGCGAUGGCUUCGAUCUGGACCUGAGCUACAUCUCCGAAAGGAUCCUUGCCAUGAGCUUCCCGGCGCAGGAUCUGGAGGCGAGAUUCCGUAAUCCUCUUCCAGAGGUGCGCAGCUUCCUGAACCAGCAUCAUCCAGAUCACAGGGUGUAUAACCUCUGCCGGGAACCUGACAGGAGGUACGAUGAGAAGAGCUUUCAUGAGGUCUCGACCAGGAUUUGCUUCUACGACCACACGCCUUGCCCCCUGGAGCAACUGCUUGAGCUUGUCGAAGACCAGCACAGGUACUUGUCUUCAGACACUGGCAGAGUGGUGGUUAUCCACUGCAAGGCCGGCAAAGGCCGCACGGGCCUGGUCUGCACAUGCCUACUGUUGAGAGAAGGUUUGGAGAUGACUGCCAGCGAGGCUCUCUCCACCUAUGCAGAUCGCCGCACACACAACCACAAGGGCGUGACCAUCCCCAGCCAGAUACGGUAUGUGCAGUACUACGAGCAGUGUCUCCGGGAGCGACGCCUGCGAAAGUGGGAGACAGUCUACCUGGAGAGGGUGUGUCUUGAAAACAUAGUGUCUCCGGGGCGGUGCAGCAGAUGCUCGAUACAGGUGCAGGUCCUCGAUGUGGACCGCCGGCUGCUAUUGCAGUCAGCCUGGACGGCUCUUUCAGAAAGCAUCGAAGACGAGGACAGCCACUCAGAGGCGGAGUCAAGCCACCUCCAAGAGGGCUUGCUGGUCCUCGAGCUGGACGGGCCGGAGCUCCCCGCGGACUUUCAUGUCAUCCUGAGAGCGCGUUGGGAGGAGUUCUGCGGCUGCGGUCGCGCUGAAACGGUGAAACUCUGCUCGUUCUGGCUGAAUACCGGCUACGUCACAGAGGAGAUGCGCCUGCACAUGUCCGAGCUGGACUUCGCGAAACCCACGCCGCCGAGCUUCGAUGAUUAUUCCGUGAUCUGCUGCUUCCAUUGCUGCAAUCCGAUGGAGGCCAAGACUCCUUUCUACGAAGUUACAGAAGAGGAGUUCGAGAGGCUUUGGCUUUCGGGUGCCGUCGAUGGUGCCAGCGAGGUGGAAGAUGAGGUCUACGAGAUUUCCGAGGAGGACUUUGACCGCUUGCUGAAGGCUGGGCAGCUGCAGCUCGCUCGCCUCGAGGCCAUGGACAACGAUGCCUCGGCUGUGGACAUCCAGGCUCGUCGGCCGACAAAGCGGCCACGGCCAAGGGGCGUGCUUCCCGAUGAGGUGCUGGUCUCUUCACUUCCAACGCCGCUGGUGCUGAGGCCGCCACCGUUGACCGCGCCGUCAGCGCCGGCCAG